AUUAGCAUAACAAUAGUCUUAGCAACGAGAGACGCGACCUGAACAAUUGUUAGACAUUGAUGUAAUUAUCCAUUAUUUCAACAAGUUCUCGGAGGAUAACUGAACAGUUAAGGUCAUGACGUCGAUGGAAUUUUUUCCACCCGUCGACCACAACCCCAAGGUCCCAACGGAAUGGGGGUCGGGCAAACUGAAAGAGAACAUAAACGCAUGGAACCGUGGGCAGGGGGAGCCGACAUGGCACUACAAAGGAAAACCGGUGAACCAGGAUUACACCCUGACCCAGCUCAAGUUGAGCAAUAUUCGCAGCAACGACGAGUUGAUCCAACGACCUCAAGUGAUGAAAAUGGGAGAGAUUAUGAUAAACAAGGAUUUUCCAGCAGAACACCCUUAUAGCUCCCAUUUGUCACGAUAUGCUGUUUUCCCAACAUUUCAAUCUCCGGAAGAUGCUAAACGCGGAAUCCAGGCUCGCCGAGAACAACCUAUUAAUUCGGAAAUGCCAGCAACAGCAUACGAUGUACAAAUUGUUCACAAAACGAAAGGAUUUGGAGAUCGUCGGGAGAUCCAGUUUUUCCCAAAAGAAUCUGAAAAAGUCGGCUUGGAAUGGAAGGGCGAGGAUGGAUUCCAUCAGCUUGUUAAAGCACAGGGAGGCCGUCAGCAGUAUUAUCCUACUCCACCGAAAGUCGUUUGUCCUAACCUCCAAGACCGCGCCGAUAAACUUUCCGAAAGAUCCGCCAAUGCACUGCGAAAUAUUGAGCGCAAUCAAUGGCAGACGACAUAUGAUCUUAACAACACAGGACUUGGCCCAUUAAACCCAAUGCAGCUGGAUAAUUUGGAUGAAAAGAAAAGAACGCUGGAUACGUAUGGCGUUGAGGAUGACAAACUGUAUCCAAGAUCAGGCAACACGUUUGAUCCGCCUCGUCCAUUUGAAGGGAGAAUAGCUCGUUCCAUCAUUCCUCGUCCUCCUCCACAGAAAACAAGCUCGGACGAAGGCGAAAUGACAGAUUAUGUACCACGAAAAACCCUACGAGAACGUGAGGAACAUCGAUUGUGGAAUGGAACAGAAUACGUAAACCUGCCUGAUACAACAGAGGAGCAGAACAAACACAUGCAGACUCUUAGAUGGAAGGAACUGAAUGAUGUCGCUCACGCUGAUCCCAACCUAAAUGUAGUCAGUCAACAAAUGGAGAGACAGCCUGCCGUAAACAUCCCGUGCCCCCCAGUGAUUGGCGUACCUUCAGACACUACUGAACAUUACCUUCAGACGACCAAACAAAGACAGGAUGAGACUUUUCAGCAGGUCGAAGCUCAGAACCGAUUCGCCGUUUUAGAAUCAGAAAAACCAAAUAACGAUAUCACAGCCUUGAAUCAUAAGAUGCAGAAAGUCCAUGAAACAGAAUUGCCGAGGACAUUUUAUGGUCACGAGGGAAAAUAUAACGAAGAGCGCGCAGGUCUAUACAAAACAAGUUACAGUCCAGAGGUCCUAGCCUAUUCAAUGAACGAACUUGAAACGAGUGGUCCUGAGAUAAUGAAUACAAUGCACAGCCAUGUUGAUGCAGCAUACUUGCCAACACAACUAAGUCGAGACAUGAAAGAUGCUUUCCGAGGUGUCCGCACACUAAGUCUUAGUCAGCCAAAUCUUGCAGGCGACAGGAGAGAGGCAAGGGAAGUUAUCCUACCACACAAUGAACUCAAAGACGUUCAAAAAAGAAUCCUCCAACCAAACGUGGAAAAUGCUAGAGUCAAAGUUCAAGAAGGUGAAACUAUUCUGAAAGAAAGUAACAUGGGUGACAGUUAUAAUACUCAUAAAUUUCUGCAAGAUUGUAAAAUAACACCAGCCGCAAGAAACGAACCCUUGAAUUUGAUGUCCGUUGAAAACAGUAAACUGAAGAACGUGAGGUCGGCUGCGGAAUUGAGGAAUCGUAAUGGAAUGUCGAAGUCAGUAUCGUUUUCCGACAACGUGACCAUUGCCAGCAGCCGUGAAGAUGGUAGGUUCCGUACCUUUAGUGCUGCGAUGGCAGACGGCAAGGAAACGAAAGCAGGUGACAUUGCGAAUACGACUCAAUAUCUUAGCACACAAGCAGAAUACCGGAAGGAUAAUGAGAAGUCACAUAGGCGUCCACAACCAACCUUCCUCAUGCCCGAACCCGCUCCAAUUGUUAAGGAAAACACAGGCGAUACCACUGAACCAACGCUCUCCCCACGCCGUGCAAGGAGGAGACCUUUCUCAACUACAGACACAGAAUACCGAGACGAAUUUGGAAGCUUGUCAACAAAUUUUGCUCCUUCAAAUCUACGUCAUUCAUAUACUUUCCAAACUGCUUACGAAAGCCAGUUUCCCAAAUAUCAUCACAUAGGAUACAAGGGCGACGACCGCUUCAGCUGGGAACCCGGGCACGGAAAUCCUAGACCCCAGUCUACUCUCCUUCAUAUUCAGGAUGGAUUCUCCAAAACUGAUGUGAGGAGAAAAUUCCAUGGUCAGUUCCGAGAAAAUAACCCAGAUCUUCGAAUGAACCUUAUUCAAGGUAAAAAGCACGUUUUCGAUGGCAUGGAUGCACAAGUUUUACAUGGAUGAUUGAUUAUUUUAUUUAUAUAUGUAGUCACCCGUACUGUGAUACUUACCAACCUUGAUGUCCUCUAGUAGUAAAGACAUGCGAGUUGUUUUGAGUGUGAUGAUGUUUCUACUGUUUUCUUUCGAAAUGUAGAAAGAGGUGCAUAGAUCAUUGCAUGUCUCCCGUUCAAAUAUCAGUAUUAAAUCAAAAUAGAGGUUCUGAUAUCUUAUACAUCAGUAUUAGAUUUUUUGCAAUAUGAGUAUUGUUGUGUUUAAAUUUUUAAAAAAAUAUUUUGUACUGAGAGAAUGAUACAUGUUUGAAAGUUGAAUUGCUCAAAUGUUUCUUGUUCCCGCAAAUAUAUGAUGUUACAAGUUUUAAAGAUUUUAUGGUAUAUUUUACUGAAAAGUAUUAUUCCUUUAAAAAAAAGAAGUUUUGAAGAUUUGCUCACUUUUCAUGUUAAUUUCCUUCUCUAUUUUGCACACUAGCUACCCUUCGGGGGAGAUUGUUUUAUUUUUACUUCAUGUGCUUAUUGACUUUGCAUGUCGUUUUCCGGCGCUAAUUGUUAGGCUGAUCAGUUUAAGCUUUGUGUGCCAAAUAUAUCUGUUCCUUCUAUUCAUCGAUUGUUCUUUCUUUGUUGUACAUGUAUUACGCGAUCUUAAUAAAAAUGUGAAAAAACUA